UGGAACAGCAAUUGCAGUUAGAUAGAGAAAAAAAAAUAAAAAAAAUAAAAACUAAAAUAUAAAGUGAAGAAAGAGAUUCUGCAAAUAAACAAAAACAAAACAACCAUAAUCUUCUUGAUUAUCAAAAUCUGAAAAUAAUUUCUUUCCUCUUUUUUCUAUAUUAUCACCAAAAUCUGAAUCAAUUUUCCUAAUUUAAUUAAAUAAUUUCGAGUCAGAAAAGUGAUAUAAAACGGCAGGAGAAGAGAGAGAAAUUUGUUUUUUUUUCCAGAAAAUUAAGUUUUUCUCUCUAAUUUUUGGGUGAAAUCAGAGGAGAUACAGAGGGAGGGAGGGCAAUGGUGAUGGAAGAUAACGAGAGUAGUUGCAAUAGUAGUAGGGCGGCAGCUACGGCAGCGGCGGAGACGACAUCGUCGGCUUCAGCGACGGCGGCGCAAAAUUCGAGGCAGCAGCGUCAGAAGCUUGAGGUGUACAAUGAGGUGCUUCGGAGGUUGAAGGAAUCGAACAAUCCAGAAUCUUCUCCUCCUGGCUUCGACGACGAACUUUGGGCGCACUUUCAUCGUCUUCCUGCUAGGUAUGCGUUGGAUGUAAAUGUGGAAAGAGCAGAAGAUGUUUUACUGCAUAAAAAAUUAUUGCAUCUCGCGCAUGAUCCUGCGAAUAGACCUGCAUUUGACGUUCGGUUAGUUCAGGUUCAUCCCGUUUCUGAUGGAAAUUCAGAUGACAAGGAUCAAGAAUUGUCUCAUUCAGUCCGAAAAAGUCAUCCACCACCUGCAUUUGGUUCGUCACCUAAUCUUGAGGCCCUUGCGCUUGAAGGACAUAAAGCACAUGACGAUGAGGAAGAUGAUGAUGAUGCAAAUGCUAGUUCAAGGCUGUUUCGGCCCAUGCAUGAGAUCACCUUUUCCACAGAUGACAAACCAAAACUUCUUAGUCAGUUAACAUCUCUACUGGCUGAUGUCGGGCUGAAUAUUGAGGAAGCACAUGCCUUUUCUACCUCAGAUGGUUACUCAUUAGAUGUUUUUGUUGUUGAUGGUUGGCCGUAUGAGGAGACACUGAGGCUCAGAUCUGCUUUGGAAAAAGAACUUAAAAGAAUUGAGAAUUCAUCUUGGCGUAGUCAACAAUCAUCAUCUCCUAUGGAUGAGCUAGAGCAAGCCCCAACGUCCCCAACUGAAGCUAAAGAAGAUCACGUGGCAAUACCAAACGAUGGAACUGAUGUUUGGGAAAUUAAUCCCAGACGAUUAAAAUUUGAGAAUAAAGUUGCAGCUGGAUCAUAUGGUGAUCUGUAUAAGGGUACAUACUGCAGUCAGGAAGUGGCAAUUAAGGUUCUGAAGCCUGAGCGUCUAAAUACAGAUUUGCAGAAAGAGUUUGGUCAAGAAGUGUAUAUCAUGAGGAAAGUUCGUCAUAAGAAUGUUGUUCAAUUUAUUGGUGCUUGUACAAAACCUCCAAGUUUGUGUAUUGUCACAGAAUUUAUGUCGGGUGGAAGUAUAUAUGACUAUUUGCACAAGCAUAAGGGUACAUUCAAGCUUCCAUCUCUGCUGAAAGUAGCAAUUGAUGUUUCCAAAGGAAUGAACUAUUUGCAUCAGAAUAAUAUCAUCCACCGGGAUUUGAAGGCUGCCAAUCUUUUAAUGGAUGAAAAUGAGGUAGUCAAGGUUGCAGAUUUUGGUGUUGCUAGAGUUAAGGCUCAAACUGGUGUUAUGACAGCUGAAACUGGAACUUAUCGUUGGAUGGCUCCAGAGGUUAUUGAACACAAGCCAUAUGAUCACAAAGCUGAUGUCUUCAGUUUUGCAAUUGUACUGUGGGAGUUACUGACAGGAAAGCUACCAUAUGAGUACUUGACCCCUUUACAAGCAGCGGUUGGGGUAGUGCAAAAGGGUCUACGGCCAACUAUGCCAAAAAAUAUUCAUCCCAGACUUGUCGAGCUGCUUGAAAAAUGCUGGCAGCAAGAUCCUGCAAUGAGACCCGACUUCUGUGAGAUCAUACCAAUUCUGCAGCAAAUAGCCAAAGAGGUUGCAAGUGCAGAAGGCCAGAAGGACAAACAAGGUGGUGGCGGGUUCUUCUCAGCUCUCAGAAGAGGUCAUCACUAAAGCACAGCAAGUUUUUCUGUUGCAUUGAGUGUUAACUAAUUUCUAAUUGCCUAGGUUAUUCUACAUAUGUUUUUUUUGCCCAUCUUAUACUGUACAGUGAUUUGUCAAUACGGCAUAUGCAACUACUACUAUAGGGUUGUUAUUGUGUCUCCUAAGAAGUAAACCAUAUUCUUUAUAUUAUUAUUGCCCACACUUUGUGCUGUGCGCCUGUCUGCAUCCAUGAAGAAGGGGCCAGAAUGAUUGAGAUUUUUGUAACAUUGUUAAACCUCCUGCGGCCUAAAGAAGAAAUGACAAAUUACUGAAUUUUUCUGUUUA